GGCGAGCCCCAGUCCGUGCCCCCCGCGGGUCGCCUGGUGGAGGCGGUGGAGCUGGUGCUGCCGCCGCAGAGCCGCCCGCCCGGACCCUGCGCCGACUUCCGCACCCCGCCGCGCCUGCAGCCCGCCCCGCCCGGUCGGCCGCUGGUGGGGGGCAACGACUGCGGCAUGGUGGCCUGGCUGCUGACACUGAGGACGCCGGAGUGCCCGCAGGGUCGCUCCGUGAUCGCUGUUGCCAACGACAUCACCUGGGGCAGCGGCUCCUUCAGCCCGGCGGAGGACGCGGUGUUCAGGGCGGCCACCGAGGCGGCGCUGGAGGAGCGGCUGCCGCUGCUCUACCUGGCGGCGAAUGCGGGAGCGAGGGUGGGGCUGGCGACGGAGGUGCGCGACUGUCUGCAGGUGCAGUGGCACGACCCGCAGCAGCCGGAGCUGGGCUGGGAGUACCUCUACCUCGCCCAGCGCGACUACGAGCGGCUGAUCAAGAACACACCGCCCGGGGCGCCGCCGGUGGUGCGAGCGGAGCCCAUUCCCGCACCCGACGGCUCCGGCGAGCUGCGCUUCAUCGUGCGUGACGUCAUCGGCGCGGAGGACGGCAUCGGAGUGGAGUGCCUGUCUGGCAGCGCCGCCAUCGCCUCCGCCUACUGCCGGGCCUGGCGGGAGGGGUACACCGUGACGCUGGUUUCGGGGCGCACCGUGGGCAUCGGGGCCUACCUGGCGCGGCUGGGCCGGCGCUGCGUGCAACGGGCGGAUCAGCCGAUUGUGCUGACGGGCUAUGCGGCGCUGAAUAAGCUGCUGGGGCGGCAGGUUUACACCAGCCACAUGCAGCUGGGUGGCCCACGGGUCAUGGGCGUCAACGGCGUCUCCCACCAUGUGGUCGCGGACGACCUGGAGGGGGUACGGACUGUGCUGCAGCUGCUGUCGUACGCGCCACCUCAGCUGGGCGCCCCGCCGCCCCCGCUGCCCUCGGCUGACCCGGCGGACCGGCCGGUGGGUUACAGCCCGGGACCGGGGGAGAAGCUGGACCCGCGGGCCGCCAUUGCAGGCCGGGAGCAGCCGCCCUCCUCCACCGCCACCCCCACCCCUCCCAGCUCCUCCUCCUCCUCCUCCAGCUGGCAGUCGGGUCUGUUCGACCGGGGCAGCUGGCUGGAGUCUCAGGCGGGCUGGGCGCGCACGGUGGUGACGGGGCGCGCGCGGCUGGGCGGGCUGCCGGUGGGGGUGAUCGCGGUGGAGAGCCAGACGGUGGUGCGGCAGCUGCCCGCGGACCCGGGCAUGCCGGACUCGUGCGAGAGCGCCAUUCCGCAGGCCGGCCAGGUUUGGUUCCCCGACAGUGCGGACAAGACCGCCGCCGCCAUGGAGGAGUUCGACUCGGAAGGGCUGCCGCUGUUCGUGCUGGCCAACUGGCGCGGCUUCAGCGGCGGCAUGCGGGACCUGUUUGACGGGGUGCUGCAGGCCGGCAGUCUAAUCGUGGAGCGGCUGCGCACUUACCGCCAGCCCGUGUUCGUGUACAUCCCGGCAGGCGCGGAGCUGAGAGGCGGCGCCUGGGUGGUGGUGGACAGCCAGAUCAACGCGGCGGCGGUGGAGAUGUACGCCGACCCCUCCGCGCGGGGCGGCGUGCUGGAGCCGGAGGGCGUGUGUGAGAUCAAGUUCCGCACCCCGGACCUGCUCAAGAUGAUGCACCGCAUCGACCCCAUCAUCACCGCCGCUCGGGCCCGCGGCAGCAGCCCCACCGACCCAGCCAUCCGCGCCCGCGAGCGCGAGCUGCUGCCCACCUACACCCGCAUCGCCCGCACCUUCGCCGACCUGCACGACACGCCGGUGCGUAUGGCGGCCAAGGGCGUCCUCUCCGCCAUCGUGCCGUGGCCCUCCGCGCGCGCCUUCUUCACCACGCGGCUGCGGCGGCGCCUGCUGGAGCGGCAGCUGCUGCGGCACGCCGCCACCACCGACCCCUCCCUCACGCCGGAGCGGGCGGAGAGGCUGCUGGCGGCGUGGCGGGAGGCGGCGGAGGCGGCGACGGCGGGUACGGCAGCUACCUCCGCCGCCGCGAAGGGUCCGCUGUCACCCAUGACGCGACAGCUACUACAGCUGGCACUUGACUGCGGCGGUGGAGGAGCAGGUGGCGGCGGCACCGCUGGCGGCGCGGCGCCGCCGCCGGCCGCUGAGAAGGUGCAGCGGGCGACGCCGACGGCUGAGUCGCCGAUGGGUCCGGUGACGAGCGAGGAUGAGACUGCUGCUGCGGCGGCGGCGGCGAAGACCAGGGCGCUGCCGGCGACGACACAACAGCUGGUCAACCUGGCAGGUGGCGGCGGCAGGAACGGCCGCAAGAGCAGUGGCGGCGGCGCCGUCUCGCACGCCACGCCGCCGCCGUCACUGCCGACGGCGCUGAUUGGCGACGCCGGCGUGGCGGCGGCGAUGGCGGCGGAGGCGGAGGCGGAGUCAGCUGAACUCGUGUCCGGGCAGUGCUGCGCGGAGACAUGUACGGCACGUGACAAGGCGUUCCUGACGUGGGCGGAAAGUCCCGCGGGUCGGUCGCAGAUUGCUGCGGAGCUCCGGGCCAUGCGGUGCAGCGCGGCUGAGAACAUGGUGGCUCAGGUGUUGGGUACGCCGGAGGGCAAGGAGGGGCUGCUCCACGCCCUGCAGUCGGCGGUCGCUCACGACAACGUGCUCGCCCUGCAGCUGCGCAUGCUGCUGCAGUCGCAUGCGUCCGGCGGCGGCGGCAGCAGCGGCGGUGCUGGGUCGGCAGCACCUGCCCUCGCCUCUAUGGUUGGCUCCAGCACCGCUGUUGGUGGGGGCGGCUUCGGUAACCUGGGUGUGCACUUCCAGCCGCAGACGACCCAGCUGUGAGGGUGGUGGUGGUGGGAGAGGGGAGAAACGAACGAGCUGCAUGACAGGACUCACCCGGCUGUGGGGAGAUGGUUGCAGACCAUCUGGGGCCACCUGGGUGGAGGUGUCGGUGCGUUCGGUUAGGGCGGGGAUGCGGGUUGAUGAUGGAAGGACGGGUUUGGGGGACGGCUUGUACUGGUUACUGAUGACGAGAGUUGUGUUUGGCAAGGGUUGUGUGGGGAGAGAGCUUGUAGGUGUAACAACAUUUGAUAGCUACUAUGCUCAUGGCAUGCGAAGGAGAAGGGAGAGAGUGAGGUUUGUUUGCGAAGGCAGAGGCUGUUGUCCUUGCUGCAGCCUUUGUGGUAUGUGCCGUCGGGCGGGAUAGGUGCUGAGCGUUGCACGAUUGGGUUGGAAUUGGGUUGCAAUUGAGUAGCACCGCAAUGCUGGGGGAGCUCAGUUGGUACAGGCUGCGCUGAGGGAUAUGUGGAGGAGGCUGAGAGGCUGGCCAGCUGCGGAGGAGGGAAGUAAAGGAUGGGAAGUAAAGGACCCCACAAGGAGGAGAGGACGCUGGUGGAGGAGAGGACAACCUGCAUGCAGUUUGCGUGCGACGGGGCUCGUUGUGGGCAAAUGGGAGCAGUAGCACCCGAAGAUAAGUGGAUGGAUGCCGUGGAUGGGAGCAGGUUGGGUUGCCUAGUAGCACUUUGUUUCAUUCUGUUUCGUCAACUUGCCAAAAGGUCUGCAGCAUUUGCUUGUUGGGUUUUCUUGCCACUACAAGAAUCAACGCGUCUUCCACACCUUUGCCUUAUAUCCUGUUUUGGCAGUUAUUGUAGCUGUUUCUUUGUACAGCCGGCUUCUGAAGCACGCAUGUGGUUGGGUCCUACUGCCGUAUGUUUGUUUCGAGCAGUUGCAAGAGUAGUGGAGAGUUUACUGCAGGUCUCUUCCGUUCUGCUGCGCUGGCUUGGCCUCUUCCUGCUGUGCUUAGGAACCCUUACUGGUACACCGCUUUUGUUGCCAUGUUGCUAUGCCUUUAUGUUUAGUUGACUAGCGGACGGAUGGCCCACCGUUUCAUGAGGUUUGUUUUUUGUGGGGAAUACCGCAACAAGGUAAGGUUUGGCCUGCAGUUGAAUUGACGCAGGUAAAGGGUUGCUUGGCCCAAGGUAGACACUUAUCCAGCCGACGUG